CCGCCUCACCCGCGCCCCGGGGACCCCCGGGCCCCGCCCCGCGGGGUGGGAACGGGCGGGCGGCCGCCGCGCAUAAGCGGGGCGGGCGGCGCCGGGGAUAUAAGCGGGGUGCCGGGGCGGCGGCGGCGGCAGAACGCUGAGGCGGUCGGAGGGGGUGCAGUGGGCCUGAGCUGAGCGCUGAGACGAGGCCCUUGGCCGCCUUCUAGCCGUUCAGCCGCCGACCUCGAGCCGUCGCCUCGCCUCCCCAGCCCCGAGCCGCCGUCAUGGUGAAGAGCGUGGGCAACCUGUCUGAAUUUGAGGCAGAACUGAAAUCUGCUGGUGAGAAGCUUGUAGUAGUUGAUUUCUCUGCCACAUGGUGUGGACCAUGCAAAAUGAUCAAGCCCUUUUUCCACAGUUUGUGUGAGAAGUAUGGUGAUGUGGUGUUCAUCGAAAUUGAUGUGGAUGAUGCCCAGGAUGUUGCUACACACUGCGAUGUGAAGUGCAUGCCAACGUUCCAGUUCUACAAGAACGGAAAGAAGGUGCAGGAGUUCUCUGGGGCCAAUAAAGAGAAGCUGGAAGAGACCAUUAAAAGUCUAGUCUAAUCUCCAGCCAUGGAGACAUUGAAGCGUGACUGCUUCGGCUAAAUUAUAGCCUGUAACUUUUCUACUUAAAAAAAAGCCUACACAAGCAAGUUAGGUCAAGUGGUAGAAAAUAUGCUCUGCUCUAUGUAAAUGAGUACAAUAAAGUGCAAGUUCUUCA